AUGGAUGUAUCUGAUGCUGCUCCUUUGUCACUGAUAAAUACUAAAGGCGAAUCUCCUAAUCAGUUACGAAGAAGUCAAAGAGCUAGCGCGAAACGAGCUCAGGAAAGGAUGCGUGGCGAGUUCAAAGAUGUGUUGGAGGUGAACGGUUCUGCUGCAAAGAAAGGCUCAAAGUCAGAUGAUAAAUUGGAUUCUAGCGACGAAUCACCUGAACAGCCGACUAAAAGGAGGCGACUUUUAUCAUCGAUUUUUAUAGAGCCUUCUGAUCCUCACUUUGCUAUACAGCAGCAGGAUGACGGUGCGGUAGUUAUUCUCUCUGACGACAGUGAUGUGUCUUCUUUACAUUCCGAUGAAAUCGCAGUAUUAAAGAAAGAUUUUGACAAGCUGCUCAGCAAAGAGCCGACGAAUGAACAGAUCGUGGAACGCGAUCUUAUUAUUAAGGAUUUAAAGAUGCAGCUUCGAAUCGAAGAGGCCAGGUUGGUGCUCCUGAAGAAAAUGCGACUCAGCCAGCAGCUUCCAGUAAAAGCGGCUGUCAAGGGGUUGGGCGGGGACAUCAGCGAUCGCGCUAGUCGUCCGGUUCAUGCCAUUGGCCUUAACGAUCUUAGUCGUACCUCGCAGCUAAAUAUAUUGAGGAAUAAGGAAAGCGGUGUGUCGAACGCGGUCAACAACGCCACAACGGUGAGAAGCAUACAUGCGCCGUAUCAACCCAAGCUGACCGUGCCUGCCAGUCAUUUGCCGCAUAUUCGUCCGAAUGCGAGUGACAUUCAAACUCCAGCUCAAAGACAAGCUGCUGCUAAGCUGGCUUUGAGAAAGCAGUUGGAGAAAACUUUAUUGCAGAUUCCGCAUCCAAAACCACCACCGCCGGAAAUGCACUUUAUUCCGAAUCCUCACCAGCCAGAGUUCCUUUAUUUAGUUGGUCUAGAUGAAGUGGUUCAGAGGGUGCUGAGUAAUAAGGACAGGCAUCCUCCUUUCAUCUGUGCACAGUGCCACACUGACUUCACGCCUUCAUGGAAACAGGAACGCGGAGAAAUCAUGUGUGAGAAGUGCGUCCGUUCGAAUCAGAAAAAGUCGCUGAAGUCCGAGCACACAAAUCGUCUGAAGCAAGCGUUCGUCAAAGCUUUGCAGCAGGAACAGGAGAUCGAACGUCAGAUCAAGGAAGGCACGUUCAACUUUGCGUCGUUGCAUCAUUCGGCGUCCACGCCAAGUUUAAACAAUUCCUUCUCAUCACCGCAUUCGAAGGGACAGCCUGGCUUGUCAGCAAUGAGUGCUGCGUUCGCUGCAAAUGGACCGUCGGCUACUAAUCGUAAUUUAAGUUCGGCAGGAAAUUUAGCGUCCACGUUCAACAACAUGCUGCCUAACCUGCAAUUAGGUUUUUCUCCGCAAAUGGUUGGCAUCGGAUGGAACCCGCUGCUGGCAGCACGCUUCCCGGCUGCCGCUGUUGCAGCGGCUGCUGCCACGGCAGCAGGUUUGCCACAGACCUGGAUACAGAACUUUCCGAGAAACUUUCUGAAAGAUUUUCAGCAACAGAGAAACGCCGCGGCCGCUUUGCAGCGACAGUUUUUGUUAGAUAUGAUGCCUCGGCCACAUAAGUGGAAGUGA